AUGGGCAAAAUUCAAGGAUUCAUCUGUUGGAUUGGCUUCUUAAUUAACUUAUUCUCUCCUGCGGCCAGCCAAUUCUCUGGUACUCAACAGUUAGCUCUUGGUCCGAAUGAAAAUUUCACCGGCGGAUUUAGGCAUUCGAGUAUAGGACCUCGGAAUUUCGGCCCACCGAUGCAUUCAGGCAGGCCUAUAAGACCUAUAAGGCACGACGUCCUAGAACCAAUCAUAGGAGCCGGAAACGAGCAAAUUGCGGGACAUAUGCCGGGGCCUGAUCUACCACAGCGUGGGCCUCACCCAAACCUCAAUCCCAUGCACCCCCACCGUCCAACCCACUUUCAUGCAAUGCCGCAUGAACCUCAUCCAGAACAGAAGGCUGACCAUCCUUUUCGGGCUCACUUGCUGCCGAGACCUGACUGGUGGAACCAGCAUGCACGAAUUAGGGUUGAAAGUGAAGAAACCAAAGGGACCGGUGGUAUGCACCAGAAUACAGCAGUACAAGAAGUGAAUAUGUCAAAUAGAGUGGAUACAGAUGUUCAGGCUAAUGCUGACAAUUCUGAUGAGGCGAAUAAAAGCAGCAGUAGCUCGAGAUCCAUCAGCAGUAAGGCUAGCUCAGGGGAGGACAACUUUUCACCCAUAGGAGGCGGAAAUAAUUUUGAAAAUAUGAAGGCCCCUGUGCUCGAGAAGCAUGGACCACCUGAAAAACAAGAAAUCUCAGACUCAAAUAGACACCAGACGAUCGAAAAACUGGAUAAAAAAAGAAUGCACAUGGAAAUGUUCCCUAAGGAUAAGGGAAAGGAAUCUCAUCCAUUUGGAGCACGAGAUCAGAUUGUAAGUCUAAUAAAUAUUUUUAAUUAA